GUUAAAAAGUUGAGAAAAUAUUUUAAAUUAGUGUAAUAAAAUGUGUAAGUUGGUAAUGAGUAAUGAGUUAAGUUACUUGAUGCGCUGGCCCGAAUAACCCGAAACCCGACCUGCCCGACCCAAAACCCGAUGAACCCGCAACCCGAUUUGCCCGCAACCCGAUUGAACCCGCAACCCGAUGAACCCGCAACCCGACUAACCCGCAACCCGUUUGAACCCGAACCCGAUGAACCGAACCCGAUGAACCCACAACCCGACUAACCCGCAACCCAUUUGAACCCGAACCCGAUUGAACCCAGCCCGAACCCGCCCGAUUGACACCUAUAGUUUAGAGCAUAUGGUAUUGAUUGGUUUAGGGUGAGGGUAGGUGUUGUUUUAUUUUAUUUUUCUCGAUUUUAUAUUUUCUUUAUAUCUGCUUAUAAAUGUUGAUCAUGCCUUAUUACUAAAAAAAAUUAGACAUAAUUAUUGUAGCGUGACACAUUUAUCGGUACAAGAUAAAAAUGAUUUGGUGUGUGCAAGGUAGGUUCCUAUUAUCUAUUUUGCCUUGUUGGUGAUCCUGGCCAUUAGCGAUUCGCCACAUAUGGAAUGAAAAUUAGUUAGAGUUAUUAAUUCAUCUUUCUUCAUUUAUUAUUUGAUUUGAACCUGCAUGUUUUUGCUCCGAAGGAUUUUGUAGUGUCGUGGUAAAGACAAUCCGUCCAAUUUAACUCUUCAUUAAUUCCCCCUUUUCCACUCUCUCACUCCCCCACGAAGCAGAAACAAUCCACUAUGAUAUAUUUGCCGUUCAUUUUAACCCUUCACUUAUUAAGAAAGAGAAAUUUCACAUGAUGAUUAUAAAUGUCAUGUAGCUUAAUUGGUUAAUUGUCCUUUAGUUGCUGAGUUAAUAAAGUAGAGGUUUGUGGUUCGAUACUUAGCGACUAUCAAUUUUUAAUUUAUGUUUUGAACAGAAAGUUAGAAUUUCAAUUUUGAAGUACCUAUGUACGCAAGAAAAGUUGAUAAACAAUAAAAUAGAAAAAGAAAAUAGUUAUCUAUGUGGCAUUGCUAGAAGAAUUCCUAAUUUAGCAAUCUUGCUAGUUUAGAAAGAACUCCUCCAUCCCUAAACCAUUGCUAAGUUUUUGGCAUCUAAGCUCCACCUCAUCUUUACCAAUUGCUAAAAGUUGGGGAUGGAGAUGGUGACAAUCAAUAAGCAAUUUCUAAAGUGGGCCCUUAUCGCCCUUAGGGUUUAGGGUUACAAUAACAUAUACCAAAUCAGUAGAUUAAUUUUGCUAAACGAAAAAGUUAGUUAAUCUACAAAGCCAGUCUAAAAGCACAUCCCCAUCUCCCACCGUCAAUUCCUAAACUUUUCCUUUAAUCCGAUGGUGAAAGAGCUUCAAUCCUUGCCACGGCGUGUCACCCAAUCAGAUUUUGCCGUUUUCGGAAAGUCGCAUUUGCCCAUAACCAGUGCUGGCGUUAGCAAGGCCGAGGCAGCGGUAGGGAGUGUGAUUUUCAGUCAAUGGGAAGGGCUGGAAAGGCAAAGUAAUUUUAUGAGUCCAUUUAUAAAUUCUUUAAUCGGAGAAGGAGAGACCAUGCUCCGAAAUCCGAGAGGCACUCAUCUCCUGCUGUUGUUCGUUCCUCCUCCUCUCAAUCCCUGAAAAGACCCCUUUCUCCCAUUUUCUCGAUAUGAAACUCUGAAAAUCAACCCCAUCCGCCUCUUCGUGCUCCUGUCCCAUGCUUUAUUUUCAGGUGUAGUGGUAAUGAUGAGACUGCGUAUUAUUUUAGAUCUCGGUUCCUUUCAUUAUGUCAUUGUUAGAUCAUGACUGUUAAACUAACUCCUUCGUGUUAUUGUUUCUUCUUUUCUCUCCAUACAUGGUCUUUGUUAGAGGCAGGGAGGGGAGGAAUGACAAUAAGUCGCAGUCUGAAUAUUGCCGAAAAAAUCAUCAUAUGUUGUUACGAUUCCAUAAUAGGUGUUGUGGAACCCUACGUCAUAUGAUGGGUUUUUUGUGCGAUAUUGAUGCGUACAUGUUGAUCAUGCUCCGAAAAUAUAUACAAGAGGGUAAAGUUGCCAUAUGUAUAUUAUAAAAGUGGGAUGAGGGAAAGUACAUUGUUUUGUUUUUCAAGAUUUGUACUUUUAGUGUUUGAGAUCUUAAUAAUAUAUCGGUGAGGGAUCUUUCACUCAACAAAAAUACUGUAGUUUAUUUCUUGAUUACUGACUGUCGCCGCAUGCUCUUGUCAUUUCACGCCUAAAAUAAUAAAGUGAAAUGUUUCACAUGAUUCAUUUAGGGAGCAACCGCCAUAUCGAAUUAAAUCAAAUCCAUCCGAACUAAAUAAAACGAAACCGUAGAAGGCAGUAGUCUUCUUAUAAACCAACGAGACACAUAAAUAAAACGACACCGCAUAAACCAGUAGUCUUCUUAUAAACCAAAGAGACACAUAAAUAAAACGACACCGCAGAAGGCAAUAGUCUUCUUAUAAACCAAACGACAUCGCUUAAAGCUGAAAGUAGCAGUCUUCACAUAAUCCUAAUCCGAAUAGGAUAAGGACUUCCAUCUUCACUUCAAGUUUUCAACAAUGAUCAAAUAGUUGCAGCCCUUUUACACACGCAUUCCGAAGAACUCAAGUGUCCAAAACUCUGGUCCUUAGGUUGCUACUUCUGGUAACAUGCCUCUUCUGCAAAAUCGAUAACGACGAUUUUAGUCGUACAAAAAUAUUUGAUGCAACUGCAUUGUGUAGACACGAACAAUUAUAUUUUAUUCUUACCCUAGGUUGCUCGUAAUCGUCGUCAUUGUCAUUUUCAUCAUCGGAUGGCCCAGACCCAGUACACGUUCUUGCAUUAUGAUUGGUAAAACCGCACUUACUGCAAUGCUUUUGCCUUCCCAUACCAUUGCUAAGUUUUUGACAUCUAAGCUCCACCUCAUCUUUAGCCAUUGCUAAAAGUUGGGGAUGGAGAUGGUCUUAGACAAUCAAUAAGCAAUUUCUAAAGUGGGCCCUUAUCGCCACAUCACCAAUCAAGUAAAAAACCUAUUCAAUAAUUUCCAAACCCCUACAUCCCUAAAACCAAUAAGCAAUUGCCAAUAGUGGGCCCAUACAAAGAAAGAAAAAGUAAUUGAAAAAUAAAGAAUAUCCUAGGUGGCAUUGCAAUCUUGCCAAAUAAGAAAGCACCCCCACAUCCUUGCAAUUGCUUAAAAGUGGUGCCACCUAGGAUUCCACUAAAUAAGCAAUGAGAUGGAGAUGGUCUAAGGUGUUUAUGGUUUAGAGCUUAAGCCUAUAAGGUAUUGAAGGUUAGGGUAUAAGGUAGGUAGCAAGGUGUUGAUGGUUUAGAGUAUAUAUGGUAUUGAUUGGUUAGGUAUAAGGUGUUAUUACUGUAGAGUAUAUGGUAUUGAUUGGUUCGGGUAUUAGGGUUUGGUUUAGGGUUUAGGGUUCAGGGUUACAAUAACAUAUACCAAAUCAG